GUUUGUUAAAUAAUAAUGUUGGCAUUCCUACACAGUUACUUUUUGCUUGUCAAAAGUGACAGAAGUGACCGUGAACCAUAACUAUUUUAGAUGUUGUCCGGUAUGAUGUCGAAUUUUAUUGUUUUUACGAAUGUUUUCAAUUGAAUUUGAAUAGUUUUUAUUUUACAUCAAGUGUAAGUGUGGUUUUAUAUUAGUGUUCUUCAUUUACAUAAAAUUUUUUUAUAUACCGUCCACCACAAAGAUUUGAGAUGGAUUCUUCAUGACAAUGAUUGAACAAGGAUAAAGACAUAAGAUGUCGCGUCUAUUACAAUUUUACACCGUUGAGGUGGGCGAUACGAAAUUCACCAUUUUGAAGAGAUACCAAAAUCUCAAACCAAUUGGAUCUGGUGCUCAAGGAAUAGUUUGCGCUGCUGUAGAUACGGCUACUCAACAAAAUGUGGCUAUCAAAAAACUUAGUAGACCGUUUCAAAACGUUACUCACGCCAAAAGGGCGUACAGAGAGUUUAAACUGAUGAAACUCGUAAACCAUAAGAAUAUAAUUGGUUUACUUAACGCUUUCACUCCACAAAGGACAUUAGAAGAAUUUCAAGACGUCUAUUUAGUCAUGGAAUUAAUGGACGCCAAUCUCUGUCAAGUCAUUCAAAUGGAUUUGGAUCACGAAAGGAUGAGCUAUUUACUCUACCAGAUGUUGUGCGGUAUCAAACAUUUACAUUCCGCUGGUAUAAUACACAGGGAUUUGAAACCCAGCAAUAUAGUAGUAAAAUCAGAUUGCACGUUGAAGAUCUUGGACUUCGGUUUAGCUAGAACCGCUGGUACUACAUUCAUGAUGACACCGUACGUAGUUACAAGAUAUUAUAGAGCACCGGAGGUCAUAUUAGGUAUGGGAUAUACGGAAAAUGUUGAUAUAUGGAGCGUUGGUUGUAUAAUGGGUGAAAUGAUCCGCGGAGGAGUGUUAUUUCCUGGAACCGAUCACAUAGAUCAAUGGAAUAAAAUUAUAGAACAACUUGGUACACCGUCUCAACAAUUCAUGGUCCGAUUACAACCAACUGUGAGAAAUUACGUUGAAAACAGACCGAGACAUCACGGUUUCAGUUUCGAGAAAUUAUUUCCCGAUGUACUGUUCCCAUCUGAUAGUAGCGAACACAAUAAGCUGAAAGCUUGCCAAGCAAGAGAUCUUUUAUCUAAAAUGUUGGUUAUAGAUCCUCAGAGCAGGAUAUCCGUAGACGACGCUCUCUUACAUCCUUACAUAAACGUGUGGUACGAUGAACAGGAAGUUAACGCGCCCGCUCCGGGACCGUACGAUCACAGCGUAGAUGAAAGGGAACACACCGUAGAACAAUGGAAAGAACUGAUCUACCAAGAGGUUAUGGAAUAUGAAACUUCGCGCGGAAGAAUAGCAUCUUCCAGUUCUCAACUAAGUCCCGCUGUCAAUAGUGAACCCAACGGUUAUUGAUUUCGAAGCACAAAUUCAACUUCAUCUAGUCUAGUGUUAAAAAUAUAUUUAUAAUAAUUGUUAACACCAACGACAAACUAGUUAUUCACAAUAAAAAUUUAUGGUUAUAUAUGAAGAAGAUUUAAGUACAGUUUUAGUACCCCCUCCCCCUCCGUAUAAUAAUGCGUAUACUAAUGUCUUGAAUCAUUAGGUGUGUGAUAAAAAUAUUAUAAAACCGAGAAUACUAGUUUGUAUUUAUUCAACAGUUUAUUCCGAAAAUGAUAGAACAUUGUGUAGUAGUUCAAAUGUACCAUUAAGUUUUUUUUAAAUAUUGUGUUUAAAAAAGCCAUAAGUUGUAACAAAAUUAUAUCACGAGAUUGUAUUGGAUUUGUUUUAACUUGUUUAUUGUGAUUUUUUAUAAAUAUUGUAACAUUUUUAAGGGAAAAUUUUGGUACAUAUAUCAUUGGGCUUCGAGAUCAUUUAUUUCCCAUUUCCUAUAUUUGUUAUUUGUGAAUUUGUUGUGUCUUUUUUUUGAUUAAGGUUUUUUUCGUUAUAAACUUUUAAUUUAAUAUUGUAAUUGGAUCUUUUGUUAAUAUUUUUUUCUCUAUAUAUAAAAAUUUAACAUCAUGGGAUUAUUUUUAUAUUAUUAUCGUUUAAUAUUUUUUUGAUCUAAAAUAAAAUUAUUAUUUUUUAAAACCUGGAUACAAACCAGUCUUCAUUCAUGUUAUUUUUCAAAAUUUAUUUUAAAAACGUUGAAAUUUGAUUAAAUUGUACGUUUCACAGUGUUAAUUCAAAAAUAAUAGUAUCAUAGGUUUGUAUAAAAUAUUUUUUUAUCGGCUAUAAGAACAAUUACAAUAUUUAUUUUAUUUAAACGAUAUUCUUGCCAAAUUUUGUUCGUAUAAAGGCAUUAGUAAUAUUCUAAUUCAUACAAGUGUAUAAAACUGCAACAAUGUACCUGUUCGUACUUUGGGGAUCGGUCAUAUUGACUAAGGUAGCUCUUUCUUCCUAAUAUAAAUGAUCACUAUAUAUCUUAACUUCACUAGCUUUUAAACGAAACGAUUUCGGUGAGAAAUUAUUACUGUCGUCGUAGAAGUGCAUUAGAAUUUAGAAUUUUAUGGGUUUUAUGGUCUGACAAAUACCAACAGUUCAUCAAUUUGUAUUGCGAGAGGAAGAAACGAAAAUCUUUACACGAUAAAUAUGUACAGUAAUCAAUUGAUUUGAAUAAUUAUUUUUGCAGAACACCAAUUAUGGAGCAUUCUCUUGGAUCAGGAAUUACUGCUUUGAAUUCAAUGGAGGAUUGCAGAUUCCCACUUGUUGACAUUAGAUUUUUUGUCACUUUUCUUUUACUGUGAAGAAUAGAAGGAUUAGCAGUUCUUGUAACUGUAUGAUCUAAAGUUUUACUUCAGAAUAACAAAAUAAAAAGAAAGUCCUUGGAAACUUCAUUAUGACAUUCUAAAAGUUGUCCAAAAACUUCGUGGUUGUGUAACAAGUGGAUCUAGAUGUUCGGGAAGUAAUCGGGAACACUUUUACUGAUGGGAAACUCGAAAAUCCUUAAUGGUUGACGUUAACCCUAAUAGAUGUUUUACCACUUUUCUUUUAUUGAAGAGUAUAGUAACAGUCGAUGUAAUUUUAUGAUCUACCAAAAUACCUUGUUGAUAUUUAUUUGGAAGAAGGUUUAUUUAUACAAUUCGUUACGAAGCAAUUUGAUAAAAGAAUAAAAUUUCUAAAAAAACUUACAACUGUUGAAGCCAAAUUGACAUCAUAGUUCCUACGACCUUCGAUUAUCUAAUAAAUAUGAAUAAAGUUACUAAAAAAUGGUCGAAAAAAUAUUUUUUUGGAGAUGGAAUAACAAAAUACACUGAGAGAAAUUUUAGGUAUCAAAAAACGAGACUGAUUCUGUAAAAUAUUUUACACAAAACUUUAUCAUCUGACAACCUCCAUCUUUGUGCGCUGAUUUACCCCUAGAAAUCCACUGUUUGAUCUAUGGUGUGUUGUGAUAUAUCCAUGUUUCAUCCAUUGUUUUCAAAAUGGCACAAAAACUUGUCCAUACUGACUAGUUACACAAUUGCAAGUGGCUAAUUCAAAAUUGAAACCGUUAAGUCAUGUGACAAGCCUAUAGUUGUCAAAAUCCCCAAAUUUCGUCUAUAGAAACCUUACCUAGUCGUCCAGAACGUUUGAUUUUUCCAUGUUAGUACGAAAUUCAAGCAACCACUGUUACUACUCAAAUUUACGAUGCACAUUGCCCAAAAUUUGUAUGUAGUAAAAAUAAUAUCAAAAGAACACUUUUUUCCAUUAUCUCCUCAAUUAAUCUGCUAUCAACUUGAUUGUCAAAACUUCUUUCGUUAAUAAUGAGUCAAAUACCUGUUAAAAGACCCACCCUCGUAUACCGUACAAAUAUUAAACUUUUGUAAUUUGUCAUGACAGUGCCGUUUAAAAAAAACGUGCUGAGUAUUCAUAAAAACAUUUGUUCUUGCUGAACAUUGUAGUGAUAACUUGUUAUUUUUUUUAUGUGUUGAAGUUCGUGUUUCCUUUGUAUAUCUUAGAAAUAUGGUUUUAGAAGAUAAGUUUGAUCAUAUUUUCAGUUAACAAAUUGCCUGAAACGUUUUCAUAAAUACACUGCCCCGCAAAAUUAACGCACCUCGAGAAACAACAAUAAGAAAGUUGUUGGACGUGGAAUGCUUGAUAUUGUUAACAACAAUUGAGCUCUAAAAGAUCUAUAGUAUCCCAUCCUAUAUUCAAUUUCCUAGGACUGUCUAGGUAUCUAGUAAUUCUUUUAUUCCUGAUACUUAAAUGCAUUUUAGAUAUCAAUUUUGGUCUUCUGGCUCUAUGCUAUAACUUCACAAGUGCGUGGCAUUCACUAACUAUGUGAAUUGAUGUUUUCUAACCUCAAAUAGACCUUUUUGAAUCAGUUUGGAGCACCACUGAGUGCUAAUUCAGUUGGCUGACGUAUUCUUUUCUUCAUUUCUGGUCACAUCUCUCCAGUAGCCCUUAUUUCCUUUUAUUUCUAUCAAUAUCGAUUCCUUAAUAGAGUUCUGGUCUUAUUUCUCACUUUUUCCUAGUUCCUUCAUCAUUUCAAAUCAGAGCUUAACAUUUUAAUGUCUUUCCAGCUAUCAGACAUGAUUGCUUUCCAUAUUUCUUAAUCAUAUUGGACCUGGAAACUAAAUUUUCAUUUAUGUGUCUUUUCCAAGCUUCUAGAGUGUUUUGCCUCAAUUACAUUCCUUGUAUUAGUAACUCUGUUUUCUUCAUAAAACUAUCCAUUCUCUGUCACCUUAUUUGUGUACUUGGUUCUACUACUUCGCCCUUCACCAUUUGUGAUUAGGGUACUUCAAAAUUACCUCCAGGAAGUGUAAAUUGUAGCUGUAGCUUUGCUUACUAAAAGCACUGAUUUUAGUUUUAUUGAACACUUGUUGGAUAAGGGUUGUAGAGCCUCUAUUGGAAGAUUUUGGUUCACCAGUAUCAAUUUGGAGACUUAUAGGUGGUUUUCCCAAUUUUUGGACUUCUGCGUUAAUUUUACAGUGUAGUAGCUUGGUCCUUGAAACACUAGUCAUUUUGUUGUGCAAUAUAAAGUUAGUAUAGUUCUUUUGAACUUUAAAGUAUAAAAUAUAUGAAUUAUUUGUUAGUUUCCAGUCAUUUUGUCAACUGAACGUAUUUGUAUAGUUAUUUAGUCUUAGUGAACUAGUAUUGGAAAAAAAUUUAAAUCGUAAAAAGAACUCAUAGUUUUUACAAUUGAACAAAGACAAAAAUGAUACAUUUCCAUUUGUAUUGUUCAAGUAAAAGUAAGAUGCAUCCGAUCCAAAAACUAAUGUCUGUAAAAAGAAUUAGUUGGUAAAAUAUUUCUUACAAUAAAAAAAAUAUAAGAAUACAAAA